GAGUGGCCGCGCACGCGCAGUGCGUGAGGGGCGGGCGGUCUCUGCGCGCAGCGUGAUCGCCGGCCUGCUUCCAGGGCCGGCUUCGCUGGUGCCCCGCGUCCCUGCCGCCGCCGCGGGGCGCCCUGGGAUAGCGGCGGGGUCGCUGAUCUUGACCCCUCUCCAGACAACUCCCGAUGCCUCAUUUGCCUCUGGCCUCUCUGAGACCCUCGCUCUGGGGUCUGAGGCCCCCACGGGGCCUCCGCAGCCUCCAUCCCCUUUCUACACAGUCAGAGCCCCAUCAUGGACCUCCCGUCUCCCGGAGGAACCGAGAAGCCAAACAGAAGCGCCUGCGGGAGAGGCAGGCGGCGCUGGAGGCCGGGACAGCCGGGAAGGGCCAGUCACCUGCAGAACCCAGGAAGGCCUGGAGCCCUAAGGAGGUGGUGCUGUAUGAAGUCCCUACGGAGCCCGGGGAGAAGAAAGAUGUGUCGGGGCCCCUGCCUGCUGCCUACAGCCCUCGCUACGUCGAGGCUGCCUGGUACUCGUGGUGGGAGCGAGAGGGCUUCUUCAAACCAGAAUAUCAGGCCCAGAUGCCCCAGACCACAGGGCAGACGUUUUCCAUGUGUAUCCCGCCCCCCAAUGUCACUGGGUCCCUGCACAUCGGCCACGCACUCACGGUGGCCAUAGAGGAUGCCCUCGUGCGCUGGCACCGCAUGCGAGGGGAUCGGGUGCUCUGGGUCCCUGGCUCCGAUCACGCAGGAAUUGCUACACAAGCUGUGGUGGAGAAGCGGCUGUGGACGGAGCGGGGAGUGAGGAGACACGAGCUGGGCCGGGAGGACUUCCUCAAGGCCGUGUGGCAGUGGAAGGCGGCGAAAGGUGGCGAGAUCUGUGAGCAGCUGCGUGCUCUGGGCGCCUCCCUGGACUGGGACCGAGAGUGCUUUACCAUGGAUGCCGGCUUCUCGGUGGCUGUGACCGAAGCUUUCGUGCGGCUCUACGAGGCAGGGUUGCUGUACCGAGGCCGUCAGCUCGUCAACUGGUCGUGCGCCUUACGAUCAGCCAUCUCUGAUAUUGAGGUGGACAGCCGGGCCUUGCCUGGCCGCACCGAGCUGCAGCUGCCUGGCUGCCCCAGCCCUGUGUCUUUUGGCCUGCUCUUUUCUGUUGCCUUCCCCGUGGAUGGAGAACCUGACGCCGAGGUUGUGGUGGGAACCACAAGGCCGGAGACGUUGCCCGGAGACGUGGCCGUGGCUGUUCAUCCCGACGACUCCCGAUACACACACCUGCACGGGCGACGGCUUCGUCACCCCUUGACCGGAGAGCUUCUGCCGCUCAUCACCGACCCUGCGGUUCAGCUGCACGUGGGCACCGGGGCAGUGAAGGUGACGCCAGCCCACAGUCCCGCCGACACCGAGAUGGGCGCCCGGCAUGGCUUGAGCGCCCCGAGUGUCAUCGCGGAGGACGGGACCAUGACCCCCCUCUGCGGGGACUGGCUGCAGGGUCUUCACCGCUUUGUGGCCCGGGAAAAGAUUGUGUGUGCGCUGCGGGAGCGGGGCCUGCUCCGCGGCCUCCAGAGCCACGCCAUGGUGCUGCCCAUCUGCAGCCGGUCCGGGGACGUGGUGGAAUACCUGCUCAAGAGCCAGUGGUUUGUCCGCUGCCGGGAGAUGGCCGACCGAGCUGCCAAGGCCGUGGAGUCCGGGGCCCUGGAGCUCUGGCCUGCCUUCCACCGGAAGAACUGGCAGCACUGGUUUGCCCACAUCGGGGACUGGUGUGUCUCCCGGCAGCUGUGGUGGGGCCAUCAGAUUCCAGCCUACCAGGUCAUGGAGGAGCACGCCAGGGGUGACGGGCAGGACUGUUGGGUGGUCGGGCGGUCAGAGGCCGAGGCCAGAGCGCUGGCAGCAGCCCUGACCGGGAGACCGGGGGCGGAGCUGACUCUGGAGAGGGACCCUGAUGUCCUGGACACGUGGUUCUCUUCGGCGCUCUUCCCCUUUUCUGCCCUGGGCUGGCCCCAGGAGACCCCAGACCUGGCUCGCUUCUACCCCCUGUCGCUUCUGGAAACGGGCAGUGACCUUCUGCUGUUCUGGGUGGGCCGCAUGGUCAUGCUGGGCACUCAGCUCACAGGGCAGCUCCCCUUCAGCAAGGUGCUUCUUCACUCCAUGGUUCGGGACAGGCAGGGCCGGAAGAUGAGCAAGUCCCUGGGGAAUGUGCUGGACCCACGGGACAUCAUCAGCGGAGUGGGGCUGCAGGUGCUGCAGGAGAAGCUGAGAGAUGGGAACUUGGACCCCGGGGAGCUGGCCUUUGCAGCCGCAGCGCAGAAAAAGGACUUCCCUCACGGGAUCCCCGAGUGUGGGACGGAUGCCCUGCGCUUCACGCUGUGUUCCCACGGGGGCCUGGGGGGCGACUUGCACCUGUCUGUCUCUGAGGUCCUGAGCUGCCGCCAUUUCUGCAACAAGAUCUGGAACGCCCUGCGCUUUAUCCUCAAUGUCCUGGGGGAGAAAUUCACCCCCCAGCCCGUGGAGGAGCUGUGCCCCUCCUCGCCCAUGGACGCCUGGAUCCUGAGCCGCCUCGCCGGCGCCGCACAGGAGUGUGAGCGCGGCUUCCUCACGCGGGAGCUCUCGCUCGCCACCCGCGCCCUGCACCACUUCUGGCUCCACAGCCUCUGCGACGUCUACCUCGAGGCCGUGAAGCCCCUACUGUCACACUCGCCCCGGCCGCAGGGGCCCCCUCAGGUCCUGUUCUCCUGCGCUGACCUGGGGCUCCGCCUCCUCGCCCCGCUAAUGCCCUUCCUGGCCGAGGAGCUCUGGCAGAGGCUGCCCCCCAGGCCUGGCGGCCCGCCUGCCCCCAGCAUCUCCGUGGCCCCCUACCCCAGUGGCCACAGCCUGGAGCACUGGCGCCAGCCCGAGCUAGAGCGGCGCUUCUCCCACGUCCAGGAGGCCGUGCAGGCGCUCCGGGGGCUCCGUGCCACGUACCAGCUCACCAAAGCCCGGCCCCGAGUGCUGCUGCACAGCUCGGAGCCUGAAGAGCGGGGCCUCUUCCAGGCCUUCCUGGAGCCCCUGGGCACCCUGGCUCACUGUGGAGCCGUAGCCCUCCUGCCCCCAGGUGCCGCAGCUCCCUCUGGCUGGGCCCAGGCCCCUCUUGGUGACACUGUUCAGGUCUACAUGGAGCUGCAGGGCCUGGUAGACCCUGGGGCCCAUCUACCUCUGCUGGCCGCCCGAAGGCACAAGCUGCAGAAACAGCUUGAUGGCCUCACAGCCCAGACCCCGUCAGAAGGGGAGGCAGAGACCCAGAGGCAGCAACGGCUUUCUUCCCUCCGGUUGGAACUGGCGAAGCUGGACCAGGCGGCCUCUCACCUCCGGCAGCUGAUGCCAGAGACGCCCAGCUCCCGGAGCGCUGGGCCCUAAGUCACCUCCCAGACCUGCCCUCGGGGGCAGACGGAUUUGUCCACUGCCGGGGGACCUCACAGACUGUGGUCCUGUCUCCUCAUCUUGUGAACGGGAAGCAGGCUGCCGGGUCAGGGUGGCCGUGAGCUCCCUGAGCUGUCGCGUCCCUGCCCAGCCUCUCCUAAGUGCAGGAGUGAGGAGAGUCAGAUAAAACUUUGAAAACCUC